AUGCUAAGACACCUAGCUACCGUAUACGAUCUUAUUUCCGCCUCUGGUUGGUUCGGCCUUUCGAAUCUAAAUUUCGCCUCCACAACCACCGGUCCUAUUCCACCAGUCUCCUUUAACUCAUCUUUCUCUCUACUCACUAAUGCAAAUAUAUUCGGCCUCCGCCAGCUCUUGGCCACUUCGGCUGAGUUCACUUGGCUUGCUGAAUUUCACCGGAUGCCCUGUUGUCUAGUCCGACUUGCCUAUUUAAGACUUAUUUGGCCCGUUUUAAUGCAGCACUACUGGACAGGGCGCAGCGUUCAGGUAGCUCGCAAGUUUGGCCUGUCUUAUUAA